AUGUACCUGUUGCUGUUGCUUACGUCAUACUUUAAUUUAUCAAUGGUUUUUUUUUACAUUUUUUUAUACUGUUUUUGCUUCUUGUUAACCUCAGAAACAUUCUACGAUGAGAUGCAUCCCGUAGGUUGCCCCGGUGAGGUAUUUUAUCUUUCCACUUGCGACACAAUGAUUGAUAUCUUUGAUUUCGCAUACACCCGCACGUAAACUGUCGUUUGGAUUGAAAAGUGCACAGAAACAAACGAAAGUCUUACAAAAAAAACUGAAAUCCAACAAAUACAUCUUUGACAAUCAUCGUGACCUACAGCAAACAACUUUCGUUUGGGAAUUUAAGUAAAUGGGUAAAAACUUUCACAACACUCGGACGUACACUUAUGGAAAAGCCGUGUCGUUCGUGGGUGUUUGAUAAGACGUACUGACCUCCACCUCGUAGUUUCGGCUACGAAUGGUGGGCAUUUUUAUCAUACGCAAUGAUAAGAAAGAGUCUAGCAAACCUACGUGACCGAGAAUUGUGCCUGGAGAAAGCGUUACCGACAUAUAAAAGGAUUCUCUCACUGUUGCCGAUCGUCAUUCGUGGAGCUUUCGUUACUGGUGAUACUCGUUGAACCGUGCGUAGUGUCUUGAAGUGAUCCAGAAAAAAAACUAAAACAGAAAAAAAACACAUCAACGCAACUUUUCGGUUCUGCUUCGUCGUUUUUCUGCUGUGGCGGUGGUCUAGCUGUGUCUUGAACGAUGAACUUCCCGAUGGCCUUCGUCCUUAUCGUGCUUGCUAUUGGGUUGCUGCAGCUGUCUCCAGCGGAAGGCCAAUAUACAGGUCCAACACUUGCCUGCGGUGGUACGUCCUUGGUAAAAUCGACCACACUGCUAGCACCGAACAACAUUGCAGCGAAUGGGCUAACCUGCGUCUACACCAUCCGGUCGCUCAAUCUGCGCAUCUGUCAGCUUCGAUUGGAUUUCAACUCGUUCAGCCUUGCCCAGCCGACGCUUGAUCCGUACCCGAAAUGCAUCAACGAUGUGUUUUCGGUGGAAAACAUGAACUUCGAUUUAUGUGGUGAAAAUAGCGGCCAGCACGUUUAUGUCCCUUUCAACCCUACCAAUGCCGAUCGUACGAUGACGAUCACCUUCCGCAUUGCCAGUCGUACGCAGAUCCCAACUCUGUCCAAUCCACACUGGAGCAUUCGGGUGCAGCAGCUCGAAUGUCCAACCGGAAUGGCAGCCGCCGCCAAGGAUGGUGCCCGUCAACUGGAUCCAUCCGAAAUGGUUCCACUGCUCGCACGUACCCUGCACAGCGAUGUUGGUCUUAUUGCACCGACCGGUUGCCUGCAGUAUUUCUCCGACACCUCCGGUACGGUUGAAUCUUUCAACCUUGGUUCCGGUGUGGGACCAUAUCUGGGUGGAUUGAACUAUGCCAUCUGCUUCAAUCGUCCCCGUAACAGUCAGCUGUUACGUCUCAUACCGACCACCUUCGAGAUCGCCUCGUCCGCUAAUCCGACCGCCGAAAAUCCGGGAGUGGAUGAGCUGUGUUAUUCCAGUGUUUCCGUUAUGGCACGAUCCGAGGACAAUCUACACAUUCCGAAUGCAGUCGUUCGAUUGCCUACGUUACCCGCGUUACGUGCGAGCCGGUUUUGUAGCAAAAGCCUGGAAAAUGGAGAGGUGGAUGUCCGUGGACCAGGCCAAUUCAUGAUGUACUUCACGAGUGAUCAACUGUUUGAUCCGUUCCGUCGUGAGACUGGAUUCCGGCUACAGUAUCAAAUCAUGUAACUCGACGCCACCGAUCAAAGGGCAUUGGAAAAAGACACUCCACAUCAAUCUGGUGCUGAGUGUUGUCGGUUUCGUAACA